AUGUCACCCGCGGCACCGUCACCCAGAUUGCGCUACCAAGCAGUAGCGAGCACUAUCACCACGACAUGCUUUAUUUCUAAUCUGCAUUGCCCGUCAUGUGUCGACGGUAUCCAGGCCUCUCUCAGCGCGCUCGAUCCCCUGCCACAGGACGUUCUUGUUUCCAUCGUUUCGCAUUCAGUGGUUGUGCGCCACGCCACAAGCCUUGACGUCGACGACAUCACGGUCUCGCUCGAGGCUGCUGGAUUCGAGAUACAUAGUGUGUUUCAGGACAACAAGGCGGUUAGGAAUCCGAUUGAGGUCAAGAACCCUGAGGGAACGAGCAGGGAGUGGCAUACAAGCUUUGAACGCGCUGUGAACAAUUGGUUACGUCCUGUCGCAGACCUCGACGGUUCGCACGACGACAUGAAGAAGAAAGAGACACAUCUCGCUCAAUGUGAGCAGUGUAAGAAAGAAGGUGGUGGAGUCACUUUGCACAGCCAAGAGGUAUCGCCGUUCAAGCCUGCGCCUAUCGUUACGUCUUCGCCGAGGGGUAGUUUUGAUGGCUCUACAUCGCCUGAACCAAAGUCGCCUACAUCCGAGGCUUUUGUCGCUGUCAACUCAUCAGUCUCUCCACAAGUCUACAAGGUGACGCUGGCUCUCACCGGGAUGACGUGCAGCUCAUGCGUCUCCGCUAUCACCCACGCGGUUCAACAACAUCCAUGGGUCCAAUCGGUCAAUAUCAAUCUUCUGACAAACAGCGGGGUGAUUGUAUUCAGUGGCAAGGACAAAUGCGGAGAGGUUGUCGAGACGAUCGAAGACUGCGGUUUCGACGUUGCAGUCGAGAAGCUGGAAGAGGUCCAGCACACGUCAUCAAGAACGGUGGCGGCAUCUAAGCAGCAGACCGAGAAAUGGCGCGCAACAUAUUCCCUCGGAGGCCUCACAUGCUCCGCAUGCGUCGGAAACGUGAACCAAGCGCUGCAACCUCUUACAUGGAUCGAGAGAGCCGACAUUAACCUGAUCUCGAACAGUGCGACCAUCGUUUUCCGGGGCAAAGAGCAUCUUCCUGAAAUCAAGGAAACCAUUGAAGAUAUUGGAUACACUGCAACACUAGAUCAAGUUAUACAAGAAGGAACUGCGUUGACUGAGAGUAUGGAACGUUCUGUCGCAAUCCGCAUAGAUGGUAUGUUCUGUCACCACUGCCCACACAACAUCACGCGAGGAUUGCAAGAAUCGUUCGCAGAAGAAGAGAGUCUCGUGAUAGAGGAUCCACCGAUAUCUCUACAGCAACCUAUCCUUCACAUCAGAUAUGUACCGAAUUCUCCUCGGUUCACGAUCCGAAAAAUCUUCGCAACAAUUGAAAGCUUUAACCCUGCAUUCCAGCCCUCGGUCUUCCACCCUCCGACUCUUGAAGAGAGAGCGCGCGAGAUGCAUGCGCAAGAGCGGACACGUAUCCUGUUCCGUCUUGUACUGUGCAUCAUAGUCGCUAUCCCUACGUUUGUCCUUGGCAUCGUCUUCAUGAGCUUGAUUAGCUCUAAGAAUCCUAUACGUAGAUACCUUAUGGGCAACAUGUGGGCAGGCAAUGUUACUCGACUCAGCUGGGCGCUCUUCAUCCUCUCUACACCCGUCUACUUCUUCGCCGCCGAUACGUUCCACCGCCGCGCGCUGAAAGAGCUGAGAUCGAUGUGGCGACCAGGGAGCCGAACACCGUAUCUACAUCGCUUCACACGUUUCGGCAGCAUGAACAUGCUCAUCUCGCUCGGAACAACGAUCGCAUAUCUGGCGUCUAUUGUUGAGCUCAUCUUGGCCGCCACGAAGAAGUCUUCUGGCUCGAUGAAUGAUUCCUACUUUGACGCGGUUGUCUUCUUAACCAUGUUCCUACUCAUCGGUCGAUUCUUGGAAGCUUACAGCAAGGCGAAAACUGGCGAUGCUGUCACCUCGCUUGGUAAGCUCCGCCCAAAUGAGGCCAUCCUUGUUGAUGCGGAGAAAGGCGACACCAGGAUCGCUACUGAUCUUCUUGAGAUUGGUGAUGUCGUCCGAGUCCAUAAUGGCACUUCGCCGCCUUUCGACGGAGACAUCAUUGAAGGGAACUCGAACUUUGAUGAGUCGAGCUUGACUGGUGAAUCGCGUCCGGUCAAGAAGGCAGAGGGCGAUACGGUCUUCUCCGGCACUGUCAACAAAGGCGCUCCAAUCAAGAUCAAAGUCACAACCGUAUCUGGUACUUCGAUGCUGGAUCAGAUUAUCAAUGCUGUGAGAGAAGGACAGUCGCGCCGCGCACCUGUUGAGCGUGUCGCUGACACGAUUACCUCGCACUUUGUACCUUUUGUCAUUGCCGCCGCCAUAACUACAUGGCUUGUUUGGCUGAUUCUCGGUACUACUGGGGCCAUACCCAGCGACUGGAAGAACGAGAGUGCUGGUGGUUGGGAGCUCUGGUCUCUCCGCUUUGCCAUAGCUGUCUUUGUCAUCGCCUGUCCUUGUGGCAUCGGUCUUGCUGCGCCAACUGCGCUCUUUGUCGGAGGCGGUCUGGCUGCCAAACACGGUAUCCUCGUACGAGGAGGUGGUGAAGCUUUCCAGGAAGCUAGCUCAUUGGACUGCAUCGUUUUUGAUAAGACUGGUACCUUGACACAAGGUGGUGACCCAGCGGUGACAAAUCACAAGUUCUCUGAGAACCAGAACGCUGCGUUCGUGCUGGGCAUUGUCAAGGCGCUCGAGGAGAACAGUAAUCAUCCUAUUGCUCGAGCACUUGUAUCGUUCUGUGACCAGGAAGUUCACAAUACACCCGUUGCGGUCAAUGUUGAUGAGGUUCCUGGAAAGGGUUUAAAGGGUACGUUUAGGAUCGAUGGUCGAGAGAUUACCGCUAUCAUUGGUAACGAAGGCUUCAUGGCUGAUCACCACGUACCCGUUCUCGCUCAAGAUGCCUCAUCGCUACAGAAGUGGAAGUCUCAAGGUGAGUCGGUCGCUUUAGUCGCAUUGUUCCUACCACAGGACGGCGAUCAAGUAGGUGCACAAGUCGGCAUCCCCGCCUCCAAUAUCAUCGCUGGCGUGCUGCCAGACCAGAAAGCAGAGAAGAUCAAGUACCUCCAGCAAACGCUGACCAAGCCGCACAAGUCCUUGUUUCAUAUCCCGUCUCUAUCUCGAAACAAGAACUUGAAAGAGCAAAAGAUGAGCAAGCAAAAACGUGCAACCGUAGCCAUGGUAGGCGACGGCAUAAACGACGCCCCCGCUCUCUCCACUGCCGACCUCAGCAUAGCAAUAGGUUCCGGAUCCGACAUCGCCCUUUCCUCAUCCUCGUUCAUCCUCAUCAACUCGCGCCUCACGACCAUUCUCACUCUCCUCGACCUCUCGCGCGUGGUUUUCCGCUGUGUGUAUUUUAAUUUCGGAUGGGCCCUCGUUUACAACUUGGUCGCUAUGCCCAUUGCUGCUGGCGUCCUAUUUCCCAUUACGACUGGUGGUAGUAGCAAGAAGAUGGAUAUGCAUCAUAAUGGGAUUGGGAUGGAAGGGGGGAUGGCAAUGGAGGAGUCUGGUAGGAAGCACGUUAGGCUUGAUCCUGUCUGGGCUAGUUUGGCCAUGGCGUUGAGUAGUGUGAGUGUGGUUUGUAGUAGCCUGGCGUUGAGGAGUAAGGUGCCUGGGCUGGGGUUUAGGGUGAAUCGGGGAUUAGAGGAGUUGGUGGAUGGUGUGGGUAAGAGGAAGGAAAGGGCUGGGGACGAAAACAUUGUGUGA